AUGGAGCGCGAUGUCGGGCUGCGGUGUCACAGGCUAGCCAAGGCAGUUCUCGACUUGGCCCAACCAGGCACAGCAUCGACCUCGGGCUGCGAGCUCCGGGUGGCGGAGCUGGAGAGCCUCGCGGCCGCCGCGCGGAGUGUCCUUCCUUCGGCCGCCGCGCGGCGUCGCUGUGAGGAUGUGAAGAAAAAGUCAGCUCUAGUAGACAUCAACUCGAGAACCUCCGAGACCAUUGGACCUCAUCCGUGCCCGUGCGGAGCGACACGUCCCUCGUCAUGUGCCCGUGGCGCUUGCCGCGGCGCGUGCCGCGGCGCGUGCCGCGUGGUCCACUGCUUCAAGUGCGCGCGGCUCAAGAAGCAGUUGGGCCGGCUGCGGGGGCAAGUGCGAAUGAGGCGCUGCAAGGCGCUGCUGGAGCUGCGACGAGUGGAGAAGAAGGUGUGGACGCAACUGGAGCGCCUCGGCGCAGCGGCCAGGCAAGAGGAGGAGCUGCGACGGCUCUUCCUGGCCAAGCGGAAUAGUCACUUGGAGGUCUUGCUCGGACGUCUUCAUAUUUUCCCAGCCUUUUGCAGUUGGGCAGCCUUGGUGCGUGAGGUGCCGCGGCGAAAGAAGCUGAUGGCCUCUUACAGCACGAUGAGCUUCCACUCCUGUGAGCCGGACGCGUCGCCCGAAGGUGCAGACGAGGCCGCCCAGGCCGCCAGUGGAACGACGGCCGCGCAGCGGCCAGUGGAACGACCGACAAAGACCCUCGCUGCAGAGAAGCAUCAUUCAGGUAGAUGCUUGGCCUUGCGCUUGGGCAACGGUCAGCUGUCCAGCUCCCAGCUGCGAGGCAUGCUGAGACUCUACUGUGAGGCCUCCCAGUUGGCGCUCCUCCGCCACGCCCUGCAGGCGUGGGCGGCCGCCCGCAGUUGGAAGGAGCCGCCCUUUUGCGACCACUUGCGGCCGGUGCUCUUGACCGAACUGGCGAGCUGCGGCCGGAUCGGUGCAGUUUCACCCACCGUCCGACUCAGCCUGGGGCCCAUUCGCACCGCCACGGCAAGACGCGCGCAGGCUUCGGACCGAGGGAUGAAACGAGUCGGUGAGUCAGUCGAAACGGAGCACUGUUUGGUGUGCCAAUGUACCAUUUGUUGCUGGGUGUUCGGCCGCUUGGGCCUGGUCUUCGAGUUUAGGCUGGCUGUGACGAUGUGGGCCGCCCAGACGAUGCAGCUGAUCGCGAAGCACUCACCGCCCAACAAGGUCAUGUGGGCUUACGGGCUCUUCUCCAGUGCAGCCUUGGCCGUCUACCACUUUGUGGCCAAUGGCGAGUUCUCGGCGAUCCUGACGUUGGCCGUGAUCUUUCAAUGUUUGGGCUUUGCGCUGCUGGCGGUGCAAGUCCUCCUUACCGGCAGCGUCGCUGGCAUCUCUGCCCGCGCAUUGGCGUUGGACGCGUGGUCGCUGUGCUUCCGCCUCUCCUCGACGCUUUGGCUGCAUGGCUACCUGCCAGUGGAUGCAUCUGGAGACUUCGUCUUCCAGGCCGUGGACGUGGUCUCCCUGGUCUUGGUCUUUUGGCUUCUGCAUUCCUUGCUUUUUGAGAAGAGAAGCACCUACCAGGAGGAGCAGGACAACUUUCCAGCCACUCCAGUGGUUCUGGCAUGCCUGAUCCUUGCGAGUCUCUUUCACGCAGACAUGAAUGCACGGCCCGCCUUCGACACCUUAUGGAUGGCAGGCCUCUUUAUCAGCGCUGUGGCGGUUCUACCGCAGUUGUGGCUGAUCUUCAAGACCGGUGGGAAGGUCGAGCCUCUGACUAGCCACUACAUCGCAGCGAUGGCACUCGCUCGAGCACUGAGUGGCAUCUUCAUGUGGCACGCCCGCUUCGACAUCACCUGCGAGCCAUGGGUGGAAGGCUACAACCAUGCCAUUUGGGUCAUUCUUGGUGCGCAUGCGGUGCACUUGGAGCACGAGUCAAUCGCUCUUGGGCGGAAGAAGCUGGACGAAUUCGAGUGGAAGAAUCGAGUGAGGAAGCUACCCUGGAUCUGCGGUCUCCCAACGCUGGUGGAAGGGGAAGCACCCCAAUCUUUCAAAACCAUCGACACCAGACCAGACGAUGGCCCUCCUAAGGCCCUCCUGAUCGACUUCGGAUAUUACUACCUCAAGGCAGUGAUGAAGAAGGGCUUGGGAAGCCAAUUGGAGCUGAUUCAGGACUACGUUUGAGAGGAUGGCGUGCGUGGGCACAGCAUGGGCCCCAAAUGCGAACGCAAUUGGUUGGGCCCAUGCGGCGGCUUGGCAGCUUCUUCCGCCAUGAGGCGGCAGGAGUGAACGAAAGCGCCGGGCGCAGCGACCGGGUGCACAGCACCAGGACGUUUCAAAAAGGGUGCACCGUUUUGCCACCCGCCACUACGGUGUGGCGGAGGGGGUUCCGGCAUGGCGGAGGUGUUCAACGGCGCGUGGAAGUGGGACCUCGACUUGUGGGCUACGACCUCUUUAUGACCUGUAGAUGGAUCAAAACUAAACUACAAAAUUUAGGGCUGAAGUGGCCGCGGCCAGGGGUUAAACCGG